AUGGAGGGCACCAAGUCAAAAGCGGACGCGGAAUUCGACGAAAGCCAGCUAAAAGAACGGGACGAGUCACAACCGCAAGAGGAUUGGGAUAUCGAAAGCGAUAUCGAGUCUAUAGAAGAGAAAAAGACAAAUAUAAACAUGGCCAAUACAGUGGAAGCUCAGAGAGCAUACCUUAAACAGGUAUCCGCCACAAUACCUGAAUUCGAUGGUAAGAAGCUCCAUCUAAACAGGUUUGUGACAGCAUUAAAGUUGACGAAUCUAACUAAAGGAGAUCAGGAAGCUUUAGCCGUAGAGGUCAUCAAGACCAAAAUUAUUGGACCAUUGACAUAUAAAGUCGAACAUGCGACAUCAAUACAAGCAAUAAUUAACAUAUUGCAGGCAAACGUAAAAGGAGAAUCACCUGACGUUAUAACAGCCAAGUUAAUGAAUGCCCAACAAAAAGGCAAAACCGCGUCCCAGUACGCUACCGAAAUAGACAACAUGCGUAAGCAGCUCGAAGCAGCUUACAUAGACGGCGGAUUAGACGCCGAUAAUGCUGACAAAUUCGCGACAAAAGAGUCGAUAUCGGCAAUGAUCAAAAACUGUGCCAAUGAGUCACUAAAAAUGAUCUUAACAGCAGGUACAUUCAGUACAUUCAAUGAUGCAAUGGAAAAAUAUAUACAUUGCAGUACAGAAAUGACCGGCAAUGCCAACACCGUCUUAUUCUACAAUGGGAAUAAUAGACGAGGUAAUUAUAAUGCCAACUACCGCGGUAGAGGCAGAAAUAAUUACAACCAGAAUGGUAACAACAAUAAUAACAGAGGUCGCGGAAGCGGCCGUGGCAAUAACAGAGGCGGAGGUAACCGAAGGGGUAACCAAAGCCAAAAUAACAAUCAACAUCAAAAUGAGAAUAACAACCGAAAUGUGCGUAACGUACAAUCGGAAAAAAGCCAAACCCCCUUAAGCAAUCAGCAGUAA